AUGUCCAAGGUUAAACACAUUAAUUCUGAAGAGGAAUUCAGAGGUUACCUCCGUAAUAGCACUGGAAAGUUGGUGGUUGCUGAUUUUUAUGCUGAAUGGUGUGGACCAUGUCAAAUGAUUAAACCACAUUAUGAAGCACUUGCCUCUAAAUAUUCAAACGUUGUCUUCCUCAAAGUUGAUGUUGAUAAACAUAAUGCAAUUUCCUCAAAGGAAGAAGUUAGAGCAAUGCCAACAUUUGUCUUUUAUAAGAAUAAUACAAAGCUCACAUCUGUAGUCGGAGCUGAUAUUCAAAAAGUAGAAAAAUUGAUUAACGAAUAUGGAGAUUCAUUCCAAGCCUUCCAAGGAGGUGGUAGAAGUUUGGGAGCAACCAGUAGUAGUAGUAGUUCUGAUACAACAACUUCAUCAGGAUUGGCAGGUCAAGUCUAUAAAAAUCCAUGGGCUGAUGAACAUAGACCAGUAAGAAAGGUUGAUGCUAUGGAAGAUGAAAUUGAUGAAUUGGAUGACGAAACUCGUAAGGCUAUUGAAUUGUCCUUGUUGCAAAACAAGUUAAAGAAGGCCACAACAAAGCCAUCUACUGAUGCUAAAAAGACUGAUUCUUCAUCCUCCACAACUACACCAUCAUCAACCACCACAGAAUCAUCAAGCUCUGAAACCAAAGCUGUAGAUACAACUGUUUCUGAUGAACAAGUUAUGGCUGAAAUUGAAAAAGUUGUUGAUGCUAACAUUCUUAAGGAACUUAUGGAAAUGGAAUUUUCUAAAUUGAGAUCAAUGAAGGCUCUCUUGAAUUCACCACAACCACCUUCAAAGGAAGGAUGUAUUGAAUGGUUGCUUGAACAUCAAGAAGAUCCUGAUAUUGAUGAAAUGAUUCAAUUCACUGUUGAAACUGAAGAAGAUAAGAAGAAACGUGCUGAAGAAAUGAAGGAACUUCUCAAACAAAAGAGAAUGGAAAAUAAGAGAAAGAUGGAAGAAGAGGAAAAGAAAUCACAAAGGGAAAGAGAAUUAAAACGUAGAGAACAAGGUAAAUUGGCCAUGGAAACUAUGGAAAAGCUCAAGGAAGAUCAAAAGAAGAGAGAUUUGGAAUUAUUCAAGAAGGAAAAGCAAGACGAAAAGAAGGAAAAACUCAGAAUGAAACAAUUGCUCGAAGAAGAUAAAAUUAGAAGAAAGAUGGACAGAUUCAGACAAGAAGGUAAGGCUGAAGAACUUCGUCAAGCCGAAAAGGAUCUCACUGAUUUGCAAAGAAUGGGUUUGAAGGCCUUCCUCGCUCGUGACACCACUCCAACUAGCUCUGAAGGUUCAUCCUCAGCCACUAGCACUCCAACUACCACUCAAACUCCUGCCCAACCACAAGAAAGUGCCAUCAGAGUUCGUCUUUUGGAUGGUACAACCAUAACUGCCAAAUUCAAACCAACUGAUACCAUUAAGGCUGUCCAUGCUCACAUUGCCACAUUGGUUAAGGAUUCUACUUUCUCAUUCAAUUGCCCAGGUGUUCCACCAAAAACAUACUCCCUCACAUCAGCUAAUAUUAACAAGACUUUGGAAGAAGAAGGUUUACAUCCAAGAGGUCAACUCAUUUGUACUCGUAGAUAA